AUGGACAGUCCAAAAUACGAGAGCAGCAGCCUGGAGAGCAGCAGCGACAGCAGCAGCAGCAGCAGCAGCAGCAACAGCAGAGCCAGCAGCAGCAACAGCCUCAUUUUGAAUGAAGACAGCUAUAGUUUCACUAGCUUCACAGGCUUAGGGGCGAUGCCUGCUGCAGCAACAGCAGCAGCAACAGCAGCAGUAUCAGCCACCCCAACGACCGCUACGCCAGCUGCAGCAGCAGCAGCAGCAGCACCGAAGGAAGCAGCAGCAACUGCUGCUUCUGCUUGUGGGGAGAAACUUUUAUGUUCUCCCAGCAGCAGUCAGUUUGAGCUUGCAGCAGCAGCAGCAGCAGCAGCAGCUGGAGCAGCAGCAGCAGAAGCAGCUGCAGCAAAUGUUGUACCAGACACAGCUGCAAGCAAAGGAGCUACAGCAGCUGAAAUAGCAGCAGCAGCAGCAAUACCAAGAGCUGCAGACCCAGCAGCAGCGGGAGCGGCAGCAUAUAAUGAUGCAGAAAAGGCAGUAGCAGCAGCAGCAGCAGCGGCAUCAGCAGCAACAGCAGUGGCAGCAGCAACAGCAGAAACAGCAGCAGCAUCAGCAAGAGACGCAGCAACAUCCGACACUACAGCAGCAGUCACUGCAGCAGCAGAAGAAAAGGCAGAACUGGCAGCAAAAGCGGCAGCAGCAGCAGCAGAAUUGAAAGUGGGCUUGAUAAAGGAAGGAGCCGAGGCAGCAGCAGCAGCAGCAACGGCAGCAGCAGCAGCAGCAGCAAAAGCUCCGGCUGCAAAGGCAGAAGCAGCGGGCGCGAUAGCGGCAGCAAAAGCGGAUGAGGCAGCAGCAGAAGCAGUAAAUGCCACAGCUGCAGCAAUACAAAACUCAGCUGCAGCAGCAACAGCAGCAGCAGCGGCAGCAGAAGACCCAAGAGCAGCAGCAACAGUAGAGGCAAUCGCACAGGCACCAAAAAACCUUGAAGCUGAGGCAGCACAUGCAGCAGCAGGAGAUGUAGCAGCAGCAGAUGCAGCAGCAGCAGAUGCAGCAGCAGCAGAUGCAGCAGCGGCAGAUGCAGCAGCAGUUGAUGCAGCAGCAGAAGAGCGCGCAGCGGAAGAUGCAGCAGCAGCAGAUACAGCAGCAGCAGAUGCAGCAGCAGUACAUGCAGCAGCAGCAGGUGCAGCAGCAAAAGACGCCGCAGCGGAAGAUGCAGCAGCAGCGGAAGAUGCAGCAGCAGCAAAUGGAGCAGCAGCGGAAACAACGGCAGCGGAUGCACAGGCAGCUGAAGAAGCAGCAGCCGAUGCAACAGCAGCAAAUGAAGCAGCAGCAGCAGCAGCAGAUGCAGAAACGGCAGCAGCAGCAGCAGGAGUAGCAGCAAGAGUAAUGCACUGGGCAGCAGACGAAACGGAAGAUGGUGCAGCAGCCACAGCAGCAGCAGUAGCAGCAACGACAGCAGCAGCAGCAGCUUGUCUUCCUGCAGUUGGUAAAUUUUCUGGUGAGCAAAGCAGCGCAGCAAAAGCGCCGCCUGCAGCAGCAGCGACAGCAACAACCGCAGCAGCAGCAGCAGCAGCAGGACGAGGUUUCGAUGCUGCACCAGGAGCUGCUGAAGAACUGGGCGGCAUGCAACCUGCUGCUGAUUUUGUUGCUGCUGCUGCUGCAGAAACAGCAGCACCAGAAAAAUCCGCAGCAGCUGAGGAUCUUCCGUCUGGCAGCGCGUGGCAGCAACAAAUGCAGCAGCAGCAGCAGCAGCAGCAGCAGCGAAACCAGCCACAGCAGCAGCAAGCGAAGCAGGAGCAGCAGCAGAAGCAACUGCAACACCAACAGCAGCAGCACCUGCAGCACCAAAAGGAGCAGCAACUGCAGCACCAAAAGCAGCAGCUGCUGCUGCCUCCGAUGCUGCAGCUGCUUGUUAAGGGGACGCUGCCUCCGAGCCCCCUCUACCAUCAGCAGCAGCUUAGUGACACAGCAGCAGCAGCAGCAAGUGCAGCAGCAGCAGCAGCAAGAUCGCGGGAAGAAUUGCUCACUGCUGCUGGUUUCGACGUGUACAGCCAGAAGCAGCAGCAAUUGCAGCAGCAGCAGCAACAGCAGCAAAAGCAGCAGCAGCAACACGGCGGCUCGUGGACGCUGCUGGGAAGGAUGAGGGCACGUGCUGCAGCAGCAGCAGCAGCAGCAGAAAAGUGCAGCAGCAACUCGUGCAUGCGUCUGCUGCUGCGCACUGUUGCUGCUGCUGAAGCAACAAGGGCCGCACCUGCUGCAGCAGGAGCCCGAGACAUUGCUGCUGCUGCAGCAGCGACUACUGUUGCUGCUGCUGCACCUUCUGUUGCCGCUGCGGCUCACCAGGCUGCAGCAGCUGCUUCGAAGGAAGCAGCAGCCACGGCAGCUGCAGAGACGACAGCAGCAGCCAACGAAGCAGCAGCAGCAACAGCAGCAGCAGCAGCAGCAACUGCUGCUGCUGCUGCGUUCAAAGGAAAGUCCAAAAGGCCCUUCCGCCUGGAUGCUGCAUUUUUUGCCCCACCGUUCAUUUCAGGCAUAUGCACAGCAGCAGCAGCAGCAGCAGCAGCACCUGCAGCAGCUGCAGG